CUCAUUGUGAAAUUGAUUUAAUGCUUCUAGAAGCAAACAUUUAACAUACCCACAAAUUGGUUAUCAUAAAAAUUACACAUCAUCAAUUCUCUUGCGUUUUCACCAAAAUACAGGGGCAUUCACAGUUGUGAAAUUCAUCUUGGGAGUCCCAUGUGUGAUGAUGUUGCUUAUAUGCAAAUGGAGGAGAAGACACUUAGCAAUGGAUCAAAACGUUGAAGAAUUUUUGCAAUCUAACAAUAACUUCUUGCCAAUAAGAUACUCUUACUCGCAGAUCAAGAAAAUCACGGGCGGUCUUAAGGACAAACUAGGCGAGGGAGGGUAUGGUUUUAUGUUCAAAGGAAGACUGAGAAGUGGUCGCGAUGUUGCGGUGAAGAUCCUGAAGAAUGGGAAAGCAAAUGGGCAGGACUUCAUCAGUGAAGUGGCUACCAUCGGAAGAAUUCAUCAUGUUAAUGUGGUUGGACUCAUUGGUUUUUGCUUUGAAGGCUCCAAACAAGCUCUCGUCUACGAUUUCAUGCACAAUGGGUCUUUGGAUAAGCACAUUUUCUCACGAGGACAAGAGACUUAUCUUGAUUGCAAGGAAGUGUACAAGAUUGCUCUCGGAGUGGCUAGAGGGAUCAAGUAUCUUCAUCGAGGAUGCGACAUGCAAAUUCUACACUUCGAUAUUAAGCCUCACAAUAUUCUUCUUGACAAGGAUUUAACUCCAAAAAUUUCUGACUUUGGGCUGGCAAGAUUGUACUCCCCAGACCAUAACACCGUGUCUUUAACUGCCGCAAGAGGAACCUUGGGAUACAUGGCUCCGGAGCUGGUCUAUAAGAACAUUGGGAGUAUCUCUUACAAAGCUGAUGUCUAUAGUUUUGGGAAAUUGUUAAUGGAAAUGGCUAGUAGGAGGAAGAAUGCAGACAUGGUUGUAGAGUAUUCUAGUGAUAUUUACUUUCCCUUAUGGGUUCAUGACAAACUUAGUGAGGGAUCGAAUAUUCCAAUGGAAGAGGUUAGCGAGGAGGAUAAGAGAAUAGUAAAGAAGAUGAUAAUAGUUGCUCUUUGGUGCAUACAAUUGAAUCCCAGUGAUCGUCCUUCGAUGCGUAAAGUCUUGGAAAUGCUUGAAGGAGAAGCAGAUGAUCUACAAGUACCUCCCAAGCCACUCUUUUAUCCAACAGAAAUGUCAACAAGGGAUGAUGAAACUUGGACCGACAAAGGCAAUGAUACUAUAUCUACUUCAUCAAUUAGUGGAACAACUUAUGAAGCUUCGCAUCUUGAGCACACUAGUACUAGUAUUAGACAAGCAUAGAUAAAUAUCAGUAGCACCUACUCCAGUCACAUAUGUGACAAAACAGAA